GAGAGUCAAACAUUUAUUAUAUCGAUAAACGAGUCGAGUAUCGCAUCAUGUUGCUAAGUGUCAACAAGAACAAAAAUCUGCCAACCACCUGUUCGCUCCUCUUGCGAAUCGUUAUCCUCGCACUGGUUGCCCAGCUUGCGAUUUCCGUCCCACGCGAUUAUCGUUGGGGUCUUGGAUUGCGGGGGCUUGGAUCUAAAAGUAAUUCUGAUUUCACGGCCUUGUCGAAUGACACGAAAAAAAAUCUCAAUCUUUAUCUCUACCGAAGUCCGAUCGAGUUGACAGUCAAUUACAACGUGAUCAACGACGCCGAAGCUAAAAAUCGCGACGCAUUUGACGAGGAAAAUUCGGAAUCGUCAUUCAGUGACGACAAUCAUCUUCCAAUCCCAGAAGAAUCUGAAAUCGAAGAUUUGAUAGGCAACGAUUAUGAGAAAAGGGUUUUAACUCCCAAGGAAUGGAUCGACGCUGCUUUCAAUUCUAAGAAUGAGGUGGACUAUAACGACGUCGAAGGAACGAUCAGCGAAAGAAUGGGAGAGCCAGAUAAUGCUGACGUGGCUCUGAGGAACGAGCGUGUAAUGCAGAAAGAAAUGUUCAUGCCAAAAGUACCCGCCGAAUGUGAGGGGAAAACUGUUUGCGAUAAGACGGAAUCUUAUCCAAUGGAAAUCAUCGAGCAGUUGGUUAAAAAGCUGCAGGAAGAUAACCUGCUGAUAGAGGCUCCGUCGAAUCCAGUGAAUGUAGGUCAGAGAAUCGACGCUUCCGAUCGUACUCAAAAUUUGUGCAGAAGUGAGACACACGUAACGAUCGAUAAAGCUAUUGCUCUAAACGGAACUUGGUACUACGUAUUGCAGACACCGAAAUUCGUUCAGAUGAUUGAAAACGUCGUUUGCGUCGAGGCUGGGAAACCUUGCGAAGCUGUGACUGGAUUCACUGACGGUCCAAACGCGAACGCCGUGUCGGUUUGCGUACAGCAUUAUAUCGAACGAUACAUUCACACGUUGGAUCAGGUGGACGGACAUCCUGCAGUCGUCCUCAGACCGUUAAAAAUCCCUUCGGGAUGUUGCUGCCAUUACAAAAACUAAUUUCUCCUUCU